GUUAACCUGCGACAGCCGGCAGUGCGAAGAACUCACCUCGCAUUCUUGCGCUCUUCAACAGAACCGUGGUCUCGAUCAGAUGAGCAUCUCCUCUGCACAGAUGCCCUUAUCUUUGCUACUACACGUGUUUCUGCUGUCCACGUUUGGCAUCUCAUAUGGUUGCCUCGACGAGGAGAGGAUUCCCCUCUUGGAUAUACGGGCGUCGCUGCUGGGCACGACGGCCACCGAUGAUGGCAAGCCGCCUGCGUCGUGGCUACGGAGCGAUGACUGCUGCGCCUGGGAAGGCGUCGUGUGCGACAGCAGCACGCGGCGCAUAACCCAUCUCUACCUUGCGUCGCUGAUCGGUGGUGGCGACCAAGCUCCAAGUCAGUGUCGGAUGGGUCUCAAUUCUGACGCCUUUUCGGCAUUCCGUGAGCUUCAGCUCCUCGAUUUCUCUAUGAACUAUGGCACUUUUCAGAGCUGGGAUGGUUUAGUAGGAUUGACCAAGCUUCGGUAUCUAAAGCUCAAUAACAACUGCUUGAAUGGUACUAUCCCAGCAUCUAUUGGGAAAUUGGUGUCGCUGGAGGUCUUGCAUCUUCAGUUUACUGGCAUUAGUGGAGUACUUCCAGCUUCAGCUUUUGAAUGUCUCCAGAACCUGCGAGAAUUGGAUAUAAGUAGCAAUCGACUCAAUGGAAGCAUCCCUUCAUCAGUAUUUUUACUUCCUCAUCUUGAGCACUUGAGUCUCUCACAAAAUCUCUUUGAUGGAAAUAUUCCUGUGACCUCAUCUUCAAAUAUUACUUCAGAGUUUAAGACGUUCAAUUUUUCCAUGAAUAAUUUGAGCGGUGAAUUUUCCUUCUUCUGGCUGAGAAACCUCCACAAGCUUGAAAAGAUAGACGUCUCAGGAAAUGCUAAUUUGGUUGUUGUGGUCAACUUCCCCACAUGGUCACCUUCAUUCCAGCUGAAAAUGCUAGUCCUCUCUGGUUGCAACCUUGAUAAGAGCAUUGUUACAGAACCACAUUUCUUAAGAACACAGCAUCAACUAGAAGUGCUUGAUUUGUCCAACAACAGCUUGUCUGGGAGCAUGCCCAAUUGGUUGUUUACAGAGAGAGCCACAUUAGUUUACCUUAAUCUUGGAAAUAACUCACUAACAGGGUCAUUAGGCCCAAUUUGGUAUCCUCAAGUGAAUCUCAAAGCUAUCAGCCUUCCUAUGAACCGUAUCUCAGGACAUCUACCAGCUAACAUCAGUUCAGUAUUUCCAAACAUGAGCUUUCUUGAUGUUUCUAGCAAUACGAUUUCUGGAGAGAUACCAUCAUCAUUGUGCAGCAUUAGUAGCAUGGAAUACCUGGACCUUUCAAAUAACAGCCUUUCAGGAGAAUUGCCGAGUUGCAUGCUCACUGAUUAUCCUAUGCUGAAAACAUUGAAGGUAUCAAAGAACAAACUUGGUGGCCCCAUAUUUGGUGGUAAGAAUCAUUUGUCGAUCAAAUGGGAAUUAUUCCUUGACAGCAACGAAUUUGAAGGAACACUGCCGCUCAAUCUGACAGCAGAUUUCGAUGCUAAUGGGACAUUGGAUUUGCAUGAUAAUAAGUUAUCUGGUAGACUUGAUUUUUCUCAAUGGAACCUUUCGAAUUUAUGCACAUUGAGUCUUGCUGGCAAUAGUCUAACCGGUGAAAUCCAUCCAAGUAUUUGCAAUUUGACAAGAAUUAUGCUUUUAGAUCUAUCUUCCAACCACCUUUCAGGGGCUAUACCACACUGUAGCACUGCAUUAGAGCUUGAAUUCCUGAGCGUGUCUCGCAAUUCUUUGUCUGGCCAUAUGCAACCGUUUUCUUUCUUCAAUAGCUCUACCGUCAUGGCUUUGGAUCUUAGUCACAACCGAUUCACCGGAAACAUCGAAUGGGUACAAUAUCUAGGUAAAAUUAAGUACCUUUCCCUGGGAAGUAACAAGUUUGAAGGGCAUAUAUCCCCUGGCCUUUGUCAGCUCCAAUCCUUAAGGAUACUUGAUUUAUCAAACAACAGUCUGUCAGGGCCAUUGCCCCCAUGUAUUGGAAAUCUCUCAUUUGGACACACUCCAUUUGGUAUCUCCUAUUGGUCACUAAUCUGUGAGCAUCGCUUCCCGUACCCAAUUUUCAAUUACAUCGGAUGCUACGAACAAAGAGGCUUCAGCUUCCGUACUAAAGGCAACAUGUACAUGUACAAACGUAAUUUCAUCAACUGGAUGUCUGGCAUCGACUUAUCUUCAAACAUGUUAUCUGGACAAAUUCCCCAGGAGUUGGGAAAUUUGGGAACUAUCAAGGCCCUCAAUCUAUCCUACAAUCUCUUUGCAGGACUAAUCCCAGCAACCUUUGCAAACAUGAUUUCAGUAGAAAGCUUAGACCUAUCACACAACAAUCUGAGUGGAGCAAUACCAUGGCAGCUAACUCGUUUGUCAUCACUGUCUGUAUUUUCAGUGAUGUACAACAACUUAUCAGGAUGCAUACCAAAUUCUGGUCAGUUCGGCUCAUUUGAUACUUAUAGCUACCAAGGAAACAACCUCCUACGCCCAGCAUCAGAAGAGAGUGGGUGUGCUCCCAGUUCAGGGUCAGGUUCUUCACUACCAGACGAUGGAAAUGAGAAGGUAAACGACCCAAUCGUUUACUCAGUCACCGCUGUCUCGUUCGUUGUGACAUUUUGGAUUACUAUCACAUUCAGAAGCAUCAAAAUGUCGAAUGAGCGAUAGGUUUGUUAAACAGACAUCAUCUUACAAUGAGUUGAGUGGCUCGAUUCCAUGGCAGCUGAGUAGGUUAUGGCCAUUGGCGGUGUUCUCUAUGGCAUAUAACAACUUAUCAGGAUGCACUAAAAAAUCUGGUCAGUUUGGUUCAUUCACCAUGGACAACUACCAAAGAAACAGUAAUCUUCACGAUAUGUCAAAGGAAACAUAUGUUCUCCGGAUUCAGGAGCAGGUGGUUUGUCAUCGGAUGUAGGGCUAUCAAAAAAGCUCGAAGCUUGAAAGCUGCUCGAGUUUGGCUCGUUCCAGACUCGGUUCGAGCUCAACUUGAGCUUCUAACGAGCCGAGCCCGAGCCUUAUCGGAAGCUCGCGAGCUUUCUUGAGCUAAGCUCAAGCUUAU